AUUAACUUAAAAUAAUGAAACACCCAAAACUUUGUGUUUGAUAAUAUACGCAUGUCUUCAAUACGCGGCCGAAAGUAGGUACCUGUUGGAGCUGUAGACGAUGUUUAUAAAACAUAUACAUUUAUAUUUGUCAAAGUAAUAUCGAGCAUAGGUCGUCAUUUCAUCAACAAUGUAGACAUUUGUAUUAUGGCAGCAUAAAGCAAAGGUCAAAAUCGCCUACUAAGACGAGAGCGCAACCCUUCGCCUCAGAUAUCCAUAAGAAAACAGAAGACAACCACUCCCUACUGCAUGAAGAGUCACCACCUCCUACUGGCCUACAGAACUCAUUUUUCGGUCACUUUCAAGGAUUCAUAAUUACCCCUUUGAAAAAUGAGGCAGCAGAACCUGUAAGAGUUGCACCCCCACCCCCUGAGCCUGCCGUAAUUUCUGCUUCUUCAGCACCGACAUCGAGUGAGGCGACAAAACCACUGACUGCAAAGAAAUCCAACGUGAGCACUAUUUCUAAAGGGUUGUUUAAGAAUCAUAUAUCAUUCUCACAAAAUGUCAAUACAUCUGCAAGUAACCCAACAGGGGCUAGUGUUGCAGCUCCGUCUGUUUCAAGAAAUAAUAGUGCUAGACCUGUUAUUUCACAGCCAGUAUUGAAAAACUCUACUUGUACUGCCAAAGAGUUAAACUCUCCUCUGAAAGGAACUACUCCAUUAGUACCGUUGAGACCGGCACCAGUAAUAACAAAUAAUGAAAGACCUCUAUCAACCUCUUCUGUUAAAGCACCACAUAGUCACGUAGUGAUUCAUGAAGAAAAUAACACGAAAAAUGAUAACGUGCAUAUGAGCACAUUAAACAGAAUAGCGUCGUUCCUCAAACCAAGCGAUAAGAAACCUGCAGCUCAUAAACUAAUCAAGCCAUUAGACAGAGACACUUUGAGAAACAUUGAGAUUUCAAAUCCGAUACCCCAAACUGUACCAGGAGACGAUAAACCACACAAAGCAGUAGUGAUGAGAGCACAGAGCAUGCGAGUUAACAAAGCCGCGCCAAAACCAAAUAUACAAACUUUUGGCUCAAUGAGGCAACCUGCUGGGUAUAAACGACCUUUAAGUAUACCUUUUGGUGCUAGACCAAAAAGUCCUCCGCCGCCUAGACCUAAUGAAAGCAACGAGAAAGAUAACACAAAAACUGAAACAAGCCAGUAUGAUGACUGUCUCAAUAAGGUCAGUCCUGGCAGCUGCAGUAGCAGUGACAAUAUCUAUGCAGUGAUUGAAGAAUCGCCAAAGACACCUUUUUCACCUGCAGAGGAGUGUUGCAAAUCAGGUUCCAGUGAAAGUAUGGGGUUGCUAGGGGAAAUCGUGUCUGAGAUAGAAAAUCGCACAUCUGACUCGAUCUAUUCAACAUCUACCUUAGCUAGAAAAAAGAAGGAGGAGGCUGAAGCUAAAUUAGACGAAAAUGUGUCCAAAUCAUAUUCAUCUAAUAGAUAUGAAAAUACCUCCGUUUUUCAAGGAGGUGAGUAUAGUGAUAUGAGUGGCAAUGUAAAAUCUAGUGCUAGUUCCACAUACAGCGGGUAUAUUUUGCCAUCAGCUGUCAAGGGACCUACUGCAAAGCGCGAUACGAAAGAUGAAAAGUCUACAGCUACAUUGUCAACAUUUAAGUCGGAUGUCAUAAAACCUAUAGCAUUAACGGUAACUACAAUGCCAAGCUCUAAGGAAACUAUCCCUAAAACUACUCCUCCAAGUUUUACUAAUAAAGUGGAUGCAUCUCCAAGCAGAGUGAAUAAAUCGAAAACUAGUUCAUCUCCAAAUUCAAAUAAAGUAUUAGGUAAACCUACAGCGACAAAACCAGCGGUUGCAAAUAUCAACUCUAAAAGACCACUGCCUGCUAGACCUACAACUCCGGCUACAAAGUUGAAUAGGUCCACGACAAAUAGUCCUGAUUUGGUAACUAGUUGCAACACUAACACCACUAAACAGCCAGAUGUACUGGGUAACAGCACAGUGUUGAAGAAACCGGCAAUUGCAACUGUGAAGCCUGUUACCAGUAAUUUAUCUAAGCCAUCUCUGAAACCUACAGCAAAGUUUGGCAGUGGUGCAGCUUCCGAUAAAAAGACAGGCAUGGUCAAUCAUAAGGGGCAAGUUGCAAAUAAGCAAAACGUUUCGAACUCUGAAGUUGGAAAGACAACAUCAGAGAUACAAGAGCCAUCAAAAUCUUAUGUAAAUUCUUUAGCACAAAGAUAUGACAAUAAGAAUAAUUCGAGUGAUAUUAAAAUCAAAGCAAAGACAUGAAAGAAUUAUUGUGAGUGAAUAAAAAAAUUAACUAUUCUACAUAGAUGAAUACGUGUUGGUAGUUAUUAUUAUUACCCUACUUGAAAAGAACUGCUCGUUGCUCGUUAUUUUGGCCAUAUUCAUCACUGUAUUGGUAAAUGAAAAUUCAAACAUUAUGCAGGUAACUAUUUUAUUUAUGUAUCUUGCAUACAUUCUGCCAAAUAUGAAAAAGCCAGGUUGUGUCAAUAGGUAUAUGUAAUUUUGUAAUUUGAAACCAGUGUUCGAUGAUAUCACAUAUGAUCCGCUAUGAUAAUUUGGACACAAUCAGAAUUAGGUCUCAAAAAUUGAAGUGGAUUUCAAGGGUGGAAGUGCAGUUAUGAUUCAGACUCCUGAUCUUGGAAUUGAUGCAUGACGCCAAUUUCGGGGAAUUAGGUAUUUGAUUUUUGAAGCACCAUUAGACAUGAUCUCGGUUUAGCCAUGACGUUUUUAAAAAUAUCUUGCAGAAGUUUAAGUUUCUUUUUGAAUAGGGUUUAUGUCCACUUUAUGAUAUUUAUUUUUUCCAACUUCUUGACAAUCACAUACUUCUAGUAUUAAGUUUAUCUUUCGUGGAUUGAUACCAAAGAUUAUUCCAACUUACAAAUUACCACAGUACUUCUACAUUUAAGUAUUACUUCAUUUAAAAAAGUACCCAAAAGCUUUCUCUAAGCUUUAUCUAUUGACCAUAUUUUUUGUACAAAUCUUGUAUAGGAUUAUUGUGAAAGAACUUCGAUCCAGUUUGUAGAUUUUAUAAUUUCGUUCAGCUUUUUAUGAUGUAACAUUAUUUUAUUACUAAAACAGCUUCAAUUUUGUUCGGUAUAUUGUACUUUAAAAUGACAUUUUAUAUUAGCUUUCUUUUAGUGGAAUGUAGUUACUUAUUCCUUACAUAUUUAUGCCUGUUACAUUCUGAGUUAUUACAGCAUUUAUAAGAUGUACAAAGUGUAUAAAAUAAAGUACUGGUUCGUGGUAGUUUGAUUUUAAAUUAAUAAACCAUAUUUUUGUUAUCCUU